GCAGGAAGCCGCCACGCGCAUGCGCACUUCGAGGCGGCGUCUUCGCGGCUCCCACAAACUGUUAAGUUAACUUUAAGGGAUAAAGAGAAAGAAGAAAAAAAAAAAAAGCCCUUGUCGUCUCGUCAGCGGGGCUCCCUUUGUCCUCUUCCCAACAGGGCUUAAUCAGACAAGUACGGAAAGCAGCACCGUGAGCUCAAAAAGUACAAGAAAAGUCCGGCGGAACGGCGGGGAAGUCCCGAGAGGAAAUCCCCCCCCCCAUCACUGGAAUAUUACCAAAUUUCGUAAUGCGCGUCUCUCUUUCACAGCACUGAUCAUUUGGACGGGAGACAUGAGACGCGCCUUGCGUGGACUUUAGUGGCAAAGUCAAAAAACCAAAACCAAAAGCGAGCCGAAACAUGACGGCAUUUUAGCGUGCGCCGCGAAGGCGAGCCGAGCCGUGCUGCCCGGUGUAUGUGCCAUGUCCGCCGCGCAGAGCAGCCUCGGGGGCGCAGAGGAGCAGGACGACACGGACAAGCUCAGGCUGGAAAAUGAGAAACUUCACAGCAAAGUGCAGAGCUACGCGACGCUGGCCACCUUCUACCACGAAGCCCGGCGCGAGCUGGCCGCGAUGGCCCAUCAGAGCCGCCUGAAAGACAACGUGAUCGGCGAGCUGAAGGCGCGGCUGGCCCGGCACGAGAGCACCGCCGUCCACCUGGGCGCGCACGACGAGCCGCCGCUGCUGUUCGGCCCCUCGCAGAGUCUGCUGGAGGGGCUGUGCAAGGAGAUCAGCAGGCUGAAGCAGCAGCUCAAGGACAACGAGAGGCAGGCGGAGCAGCUCGUCGAGACCCUGAAGCGGGAGCUGCAGACCCUGCAAAAGCAAGUCGACGAGAAGGAGCACGAGAUCCAGAAGAUGAUCAGAAGACCCCAGCAUGAGAAGGAUCUGCAGAUCAGCGAGCUGCAGAAGAUGCUCCUGGAGAAGGAUCGCGUCCAGGCCACCCGCGAGGUGCUCUGCCAUUCCCUCACAGAGGAGAAGGAGCAGCUAAGGACUCAGCUGGCAGCCACCGUGCAAGUGUGCCAACAGCUCGCCCACAAGCUGGAGGGGAAGAACCGGACUUACUGCGCGCCGCGAGAGGAUGACGUGGAGCCGUGCAAGAAGCUUCCCAGCUCCGAGAUGUGCGACUCCCGACAGCUGCAGAUGGCGGUCCAGCGACUGCAGGACGAGAACGACGCCUUGAAACAGAAGCUGGCUUACGUGGAAAGUUUAAAUGCCAAGUGGCAGAAGUACGACUUGAGCCGGGAGGAGUACGUGAAGGGACUGUGCCAGAAACUGAAAGAAGUGGGCUCACAGAAGGGCUUUGUGCCAGCGGCGCCCAGCGGUGACAUCAUGCAGCAGGAGAUCCUGCGGCUCAACCGGCUCCUCGAGGAGAAGAUGAAGGAGUGCGGCCGCUACAGCCGAGAGCUGGAGGACACGCGCAAGGUCGACGGGGAGCGCAUCCAAAUCCUUGAGCAGCAGGCUCUCGUUUACGCCGACGACUUCAAUUCCGAACGACUGGACAGAGAGAGGGCCCAGAGCCAAAUCCACGACCUGAAAGAAGAGAUCGUCCGUCUGCAGUCGCAGCUCCGGAGGCAGGACUCACGGGAUCGAAGUUCACCAUGCCGCGCUCACCCCGGGGGCAGGAGCCCCGCACAGUUAGAAGCCGACACCAUGGAGCCUCUGCUGGGCAGCAGUCCGGAGUGGACGGGAAGUGGCAGGUCCCCCACGAGGUCCCCCACGACGCAGGAGCUGUCCACGGCCAGCCGGCGGUCCCGAGCAGAGCACCAGGCCCUGCAGUGUCCCCGUUGCCUGGCCACCUACUCCGACGAGCGGGCGGCAGAGUUUCUCAAGCAUUGUACGGAGUGUGCGGAGGUGUGAGCAGGAGGGCACGGCUGGCACACAGACUGACAGCACUACGGCCUGAAACAUGGGCUCAGCUCUGAGGACCCCCGGAGCUACCCCUUCACAAAAGGCCCAACGAGAUCUGCCCUCCAAAGCAUGUGGAUGCUGACGCACGUGGCCAUCUUGGUGCCCCCUCCACCCUCCACCCUUGCCAACGUUUUGGAGUCUGGAAAGCCAUGUGCUAAAAUGGCAAAAAAAACAAAAAACAAAAACAAAACAAACUGACAGGAUGUAAAGUGACAUGCGUGGCACCACUGGGUGGUCUUGGUACCCUUGCGGACCCCUGGAGCAGAGGUGUACCACACGCGCCCCGCUACAGCCAACUUGCACUUUUUUGCAUGUCUUCUUUUGACUUUAUAGAAACGCUUGUCGCAAUUCGCAGCUGGCCGCACUUCGGCUUUCCUGUUUCAAGUGGCACGUCACCCACCCGCCAAGUCCUUAUUUAUACUCCUUUGCAGGCCUGCGUGUGUGACGUGCGCUUUGUCUGUAAAUGUAUUUAUUCUGCAGGUGUUAUGGCAGAGCCACCGAGCUCCCCUGCCGAGCGGGCGUUAUGGGGCGUCCUGCCCAAAUCUUCAAAGUGACACCUUUAUGGUCGUGUGGGACCUCCAAAGGGGUGGCACGGUGACCCAGUGCCUUGUCGUUUGUCCGUGUGCAGUUUGCAUGUUCUCCCUUUGUCUGUGUGAGUUUGUCCUUCUACAUCCCUAAAAAUGAGCGCAUCAAGUGAGGUGGGCACAAGGAUGGAUAUGUGUGUGCGUGCCAUGCAAGAGCCUGGUGCCCCACCAGGGCUGGCCUCCUGCCUUGUGCCCAUGCCAUAUGGAUGACGUACCAUUCAUAACAUUGUCAGAGGUGCUUAGUCCAGUUCAAGGGGUCUGCAGUUUCAGGUGCCACAGUGGCAGAACUGCUGCUCACAACAGGGAAACCCAAGUUCAAGUCAGGGGUACUCCCUGCAUACCCCGUGGCCAAGGGGGGGGUCAUCACUUUCCUCCCGCAGUCCAAAGACACCCCCAGUGAACACGGCCAGCCUGUCCUCGAUUAGAGGCUCUGCUGGUGCCAUCACUGACUGCCCACUCUACCUUCCCUCUAUGGAAACAUUUGGUGCCCAAGGGUUGAUAAGGUGGUGCCAGGCAUGGGUCCUUGCAGAAAGUGAAUUUCUGUGCCCUAAGCAGUUGCAGUUUGCGGUGAAAGGCGCCAUAUAAAAAGCUGAGUGACAGUAUUAGUAAGCUGUCUAGGUUAUGUGGACUAGUGAUGCCAUGCUGGCCCCUGGUGUGCCCAGUGAUGGACUGGUGCUGGGCCCAUGCUGCCCGGGCUUGGCUCCAGCUGCACUGUAACCCUGCUAAAUGAAUGCAUUCAUAUAUUUAGGUACCUCACGGAUGCAGGGUCCCAUGUGAAGGCUGCGUGCCCCCCAUGUCUCUUUACUAACUUUGUAGUAAUAAAGUUCAUCAUUUCUAUCCUGUAAUGGCAGGGUGACGCAGUGUGACGUUUCUCCCAAAUCCUCAAAAGACAUAACGAGUCUGGUGGGGUGCGCAGGCCUGACGAUGGCAGGCAUUCCCACCUUUGUGCCCUGUCCCGUUGAGGUGGACCACGAGAGGGUGAGAUGUUCAAAGACUGAAGGUGUCUUUCUAGCCUAAAAAAUCGAAACAAAAGUGAGAGACACGUGGCGGUUCUCAGCCUUCGUUCCCUGUUAGCGGUGGGCAUUGCCAGGUGUGUCCCUUGUCCUUGGGCUCCUUGCUGGGAUUUCAUUUCAAUUGAUUGGGGAGAGAAUGGGGGGCUGACAUUGAGCUGGAGGGGCCUGCGCUAAAUUUAAAAAGCCAAGCGGGUGGGCUGUGGUGGCCUGUGGUGGCCUGUCUGUCCGUCUGAGCCUGGCCUCGUGUUCAUUGUAUUUUAUUUGUCUCCAAAGACCCCUCGUCUGCCCUGCGUUUUACAAAGGGGUCGCUCAUUUAAGGGUUUCUUACUCAUUUGUAUUAUAAAUGUCACUUUUUUGUAUUUAAGAACUUAUUUUUGUAAUAAAAUCUCCCUGAAAAGCG